GCACUAAAAAAAAGAGAAGAAAUAGUGGAAGAAAGGAAGGGGACAGAGGCAUUUGAUGCACCCCGUUUUCUUGCACCACUUAUGCCCCAAAAGCGGCUCGCUUUCCCAUAUUUGCCCCCCUUCACUCUUUCUCGUUCUCUCUACUUCGCCUCUCUCCCACUCAUCCUUAUCGCUUCCAACCGGCCGGCCUUCUCUUCCCACUCUUCGUCCACAAUCCACUGAGGCUUAACUUUUUUGAAAAAAAAUUCUUAAAAAUCCCGCCUUUGAGUUGAGGGACGCUCGGACAGGCUGCUUUGGUUUCGCUCAACCAAGGGAAAUGGAUGGCCUUAAUGAAAGGUGGUUCUCUCUAGAAGAGGCGGCGCCGCCGGGGGACGAGUUUCAAGUAGACGACCUGCUCGACCUCAGGGGCCUACCGGAACCUGAGAAGGAAGAAGAAGAAGAAGGCGACGAUUCAGCCAAAGAAGCUGUCUUUUUUGCGUUCGAGAAGAAGGAGAGUCUUCAUCGCUUGGGAAUAAAUCUCCCGGAGGAGAACGACGCGGCAGACCUCGAAUGGCUUUCACGUUUCGUUCACGAUUGCAACUCGGAGUAUCAGCCGACGAUGGCUUCCAUAAAGGAGAAUUGCAGGCCCUGCUUCUCGAUGGAGCAACCUUCUCCGGCGGCUUCUUGGAGAGUAAAAAAGGAGGCGCUUAUUCCGGUGAAGGCCAAGCGAAGCAAGCGCAACCGCCGCACCGGCAUCUCUUGGACCAUGCCCUGCUACUCCUCUGUUUCUUCAACUUCCUCACCCUCUCCUUCUUCUUCCUGCUCCUGCUCCUACGCAUCUCAAGAGUCCUAUCACAAGAAGCGGGGCAGAAAGCCUAAGAGCUCCAUGCCCGGCGGUGUCUGUAGCGAGAGGCAGUGCACGCACUGCGGUGCUCAGAAGACGCCGCAGUGGCGGGCCGGGCCGCACGGCCCAAAAACGCUGUGUAAUGCUUGCGGGGUCCGGUUUAAAUCCGGUCGGCUGUUGCCGGAGUACCGGCCGGCGUGCAGUCCGACGUUUAUCAGCAACAUACACUCGAACAAGCACCGGAAAGUGCUGGAGAUGCGCCGGAAGAAGGAGGGGCCGUUCUUCGCGGCCGCCGCGCCGCCGGUUCAGUCUUGCUGAGUCCUUGUGGUUGUGUCAGACCCGGUCCUGGCGAACAUAAUCGUCCUCUCACAUUCUGUUUUCCAUUUUACAUUUUUUUGUAUACUCCAACAUCAUAAUAGACUCUAAAAAAGGAUUUGCAGUUUUA